UUUAAGGUUCAUGCAACGUCACACGUCGCACACGUCACACUGCGGAAGUACCAACAUGGAGGACGGCGGAGAAGCUUCCACGAAAUCACUUCUGAAAGAUGAGUGCUACACUGACUUCCUUGCCGAGGAUUUCGACGUGAAGACGUACACAGCCCAGGCCAUCCACCAUGCUGUCAUCGCUGAGCAGCUGGCCAAGCUGGCGCAGGGCAUCAGUCAGCUGGACAAGGAGCUGCACAGCCAGGUUGUGGCCAGACAUGAAGACCUGCUGUCACAGGCGACUGGGAUCGAGUCUCUUGAAGGGGUUCUUCAGAUGAUGCAGACGAGGAUCAGCGCUCUGCAGGCGGCUGUUGACAGAAUCAGGACAAAGAUUGUUGACCCCUACAACAAGAUCGUGGCACGGAUCACGCAGCUGGCCAGACUGCAGGUGGCCUGUGACCUGCUGCGGAGGAUCAUCCGCAUCUUGUACCUCAGCAAGAGGCUGCAGGGACAGCUGCAGGGGGGCAGCCGGGAGAUCACCAAGGCGGCUCAGAGCCUCAACGAACUCGACUACCUGUCACAAGGUGUGGAUCUGAGCGGCAUCGAGGUGAUCGAGAACGACCUGCUGCUGAUCAGCAGAGCUCGGCUGGAGGUGGAGAACCAGGCCAAGAGGCUGCUGGAGCAGGGCAUGGAGAUCCAGAAUCCGACCCAGGUGGGCACAGCCCUGCAGGUGUUCUAUAACCUGGGCAGUCUGAGAGAGACCAUCAGCUCCGUGGUGGGGGGCUACAGGACCAGCAUACAGGACAACAUCAGCAGCGCUCUGGACAUCAAGGGUCUGACGCAGCCGGCUAACACCAGAGGUGCACCAGGCAGAGCGGUGCUGCCCACGCCCGGAAACACGGCAGCUUUCCGCGCAGCUCUGUGGACCAACCUGGAGAAACUGAUGGACCAGAUUUGUGCCUCAUGCAGACAGGUGCAACAUCUGCAGAAGGUUCUCACGAAGAAGAGAGACCCCGUCACUCACGUGUGCUUCAUCGAUGAGAUCAUCAAGGACGGGCAGCCUGACAUCCUCUACACCUUCUGGAACGAUGUGACCAGCACACUGAGUGAGGAGUUUCACAGAGCCACCGAAGCCUCGUCCUUCCUGAAGCAGGCGUUUGAAGGAGAGUACCCCAAGCUGCUGCGACUCUACAACGAGCUGUGGCGACGCCUGCAGCAGUACAGCAACAGCCUGCAGGGGGCGCUGAGCAGCAGCGGCGGUGGAGGGAUGGACGUGUCCCUGGAUAUAAGCAGCGCAGAGACGGACAGCCAGGACCUGUUCACACACGGAAAACAGGACUACAACCCAGAGAAGGCUCUGAAGGACUCUCUGCAGCCGUACGAGGCGGCAUACCUCUCCAAGUCCCUCUCUCGUCUGUUCGAUCCCAUCAACCUCGUGUUCCCAAUGGGCGGCCGCAACCCGCCGUCCAACGAUGAGCUGGACAGCAUCAUCAAGACCAUCAGCAGUGAGUUGAAUGUAGCGUCAGUGGAUCCAAACCUUUCUCUGGCUGUGGCAAAGAACGCUGCAAAGACCGUCCAACUCUUCUGUGUCAAGUCUGAACAGCUGCUGAGUACUCAGGGCGAUGGCAGUCAGGUGAUCGGUCCGUUAACCGAGGGUCAGAGGAGGAACGUCGCCGUGGUGAACUCUCUGUACCGUCUGCAGCAGGCCGUGGCAAAGAUCAUCUCAGGAUUGGGUUCGAGUCCGGCAGCUGCUGCAGAGGCCCUCUCUUCUUCUUUAGAGGACGUUCAGGCCCUGAUGAGCAGCGCCGUGCAGCCUCUCCUGCAGUCCGUCAGCGACUCCAUAGAGGCCAUCAUCAUCACGCUGCACCAGGAGGACUUUUCAGGGGAUUAUCGUUCAGCUUUUGCUGUCAGGUCUUUUGGUGCCAGUGGAAGAAAUCUAAUCAAGCCUCUGUCCACACCCGAUAAGCCGGAUGUCCCGUGCUCCCUCUACAUGAAGGAGCUGCAGGGCUUCAUCAGCAGAGUGAUGGCCGACUACUUCCGACACUUCCAGUGUGUGGACUUCAUCUACGAGAGUACGGAGGCCAUCGCUCAGAGGGCCAUCGAGCUGUUCAUCCGACACACCAGCCUCCUGCGCCCGCUGGGGGAGGGCGGCAAGAUGAGGCUCGCUGCCGACUUUGCACAGAUGGAGAUGGCGGUGGCUCCUCUGUGCAGGAGAGUCUCCGACUUGGGGAAACCGUACAGAAUGCUGCGCUCCUUCAGACCUCUGCUGUUUCAGACCAGCGAGCUCAUAGCCAGCAGUCCGGCUGUGGGGGAGCUGAUCCCUUACAGCACCCUGCUGCACUUCCUCCUCAACCGAGCCCCGUCAGAGCUGAAGUCCCCUCACCAGAGAGCAGAGUGGUCGAUCGCCCGUUACUCCCAGUGGCUGGAUGAUCAUCCCUCUGAGAGAGACAGACUCUCUCUCCUCAGGGGCGCUCUGGAGGCCUAUGUGCAGUCUGUUAGGGCUCGACAAGGGAAGGAAUUUGCUCCCAUCUACCCCAUCAUGCUCCAGCUGUUACAGAGAGCCACCAGCGGCUCCCAGGAGGUCAGACCCUGAAGAGGACUGUAGAUCACAUAGUGAUGCCUUUAUGUUAUUUAUGUUGAUAGUAUCUGGCAAUGAAGGGAUUUUAGUGUGGAUGAAUACGUGGUAUAUUUGAUUUAAGUCCAAAAAGUUUGGAUGAUUCAGAGAAAAAAUAUGUUGGCUCUUACCUGAAUGUCUUUGUUUUUACAAACUAUACUUCCAGACUGAGUGAAUUAUUGAGCUCUAUAACUUCAUUAAUGUUCUUAAAACACUACAGUCAAGUUUUGAUCCUGGAUAUGUUUUUUUUUUCAUAUGAUCUUGACCUGCGUGCUAUGAUUGGACUCAUGUAUGUAAAUUAAUCUGUAAGAUGGUAAUUGAUGAGAAUAAAUGGGGAUACAUUGCAGGAUU